AUGGAGGCCAUAACAAAAUAUGGAUCUCAUUCUCAAGCUCUUGUCCUUAGUCGUUCAUGUUGGCGGCUAAACUUGGACUCUCCCUACCCCUACCCUCUUCUUGGGUCACUGUCUUUUUCUAGGAACCAAUCUCCAAAAAAAUUGUGCUUAGUUCGAGCAACGACUAAUCCUACAGAUGAUAACUCGACGGCUCGUCCGUUUACUCCGUAUCCACCAAGUCUAUGGGCUCAUCACUUCCUCUCUGCUUCCGUGGAUCACACGGAAAUGGAUGAUCUUUCGAGAGAGAUAGAGACACUUAAAACUAUAGUGAAUGCCAUGCUGCUCCCUUGUAACGGUGCUGAUGCAAAGCAGAUAACUUGUUUGAUCCAUACGCUUGUUAGUCUUGGAGUCUCUUACCAUUUUGAGGCUAAGAUUGUUGAAUUCUUAAAUGAUGCUUUCGAGAAUAUCGACGACAUGAUCAUCGACAGCAAGGAAGAUGAUCUGUACACAGUUUCUGAUAUAUUUAGGGUUUUCAGGUUAUACGGUCACAACAUAACUCCGGAUAUAUUCAACAGGUUCAAAGGACUGGGAGACAAUGGAAAUUUUAAGAAAUGUCUAACGGAUGAUGUUAGAGGUAUGCUAAGCUUCUAUGAAGCGUCGCACUUUGGGACAACGACAGAAGAUAUACUUGAAGAAGCAAUGAGUUUCACACAAAAACACUUGGAGUUAUUUGUGGUAGGCGGCGACAAAGCCACAGAUCACCCACACAUCACUAAGCUCAUACAAGCUGCUCUGUAUAUACCUCAGAAUUUCAAUUUGGAAGUCUUGGUGGCAAGGGAAUAUAUUGGCUUCUACGAACUAGAAACUGAUCACAAUGAAAUGUUACUAAAGUUGGCCAAGCUCAACUUUAGGUUCAUGCAGCUGCAUUACAUUCAAGAUCUAAAAACUUUUACAGAAUGGUGGAGGGAUCUAGAUUUAGUAUCUAAGAUACCAAAUUACUUUAGAGAGAGAUUGGCGGAGCCUUAUUUCUGGGCGACUGGGAUUUAUUACGAGCCACAGUAUUCAGCUGCGCGGAUCAUGCUGGCCAAAGCCCUCAUUGUAUUUGACAUCGUGGACACCACAUUUGAUGUAUAUGGUACUCUUGACGAAGUUAAGAGCCUUGUUCAAUCCGUUGACAGGUGGGAUUAUGACGACCUAGAUGUACUACCGGACUAUCUCAAAAUUGUCUUUAGAACAAUGUUUGACAUGUUUAAAGAAGGGCUCAAAGAAAAUGUGAGUUCAGAAAGAAGAUGCUUUAUUAUGCAAUACGCAUAUGAGCAGCUCAAGAUAGUCAUGAAAGCGUACCUGAAAGAAGCCGAAUGGUCAAAUACAGGCCAUGUGCCAAGCUAUGAAGAGUACAUAGAGGUUGGGAUGUCUUCGACCGCAGGUCAAGUGCUGCUAGCAAUCACCUUCAUUGCUAUGGGAGAUAUUGCAGGAGACGAAAUUUAUGAAUGGCUGAGGUCAAGACCAAAACUCACCCACGCUCUUAUUGCAAAAUCUCGUCUCAGAGAUGAUAUAUCUACCUUUAAGGAGGAGAUGGAGAGAGGAGAUAUUGCUAAUGGGACCAACUGUUAUACGAAGCAAUAUAUAGUAACUGAGGAAGAAGCGUGUCUUGAGUUUGAGAAAAGGACUAACCACAUGUCUAAGGUCAUGAACGAAGAGUUCUUGAAGGCAGCCAGUUUUGUACCGCUUCAUAUCCUAAGGCCUGUUUUGAAUUAUGGACGCUUAGGAGAUGUGAUCUACAAGUACGGAGAUGGGUACACCUUCGCUGGAGAGAAGAUCAAAGACUAUAUCACCUCUUUGUAUGUCGAUCUCAUCGGUACUCCUAAAGAAAAGUUGGCCAAAAAACAGAAUUGAUCAGUUUUACAG